UUUUCCCCACCUCCGUCGGGUACGGGAAGGUCCCAGCCUCUGCCGGGUCCCCGAGGGCCAUCGUGGCCGCCACCACGGGUCCCCAUGGAGUCGCCGCAUCUGUAUCCGGUGAAGCUCUACGUGUACGAUCUGUCCAAGGGCCUGGCCCGGCGGCUUAGCCCCAUCAUGCUGGGGAAACAACUGGAAGGCAUCUGGCACACCUCCAUAGUUGUACACAAGGAUGAGUUCUUCUUUGGCAGUGGUGGAAUCUCCAGUUGUCCCCCGGGAGGGACAUUGCUUGGGCCUCCAGACACUGUGGUUGAUGUGGGGAGCACUGAAGUGACAGAAGAAAUCUUUCUGGAAUACCUGUCCUCCCUAGGGGAGUCUCUGUUCCGAGGGGAGGCCUAUAACCUCUUCGAGCACAACUGUAACACCUUUAGCAACGAAGUAGCACAGUUCCUGACUGGGAGGAAGAUCCCUUCUUACAUCACGGACCUGCCCUCUGAAGUCCUCUCCACGCCCUUCGGACAGGCCCUCCGGCCCCUCUUGGACUCCAUCCAGAUCCAGCCUCCCGGAGGGAAUACAGUGGGCAGACCCAAUGGUCAGAGCUAACCAGACUGCUCAGGACCGCCCGCCCGCCUGCUCUGCAGGGCUUUUCCUUUUUAAACAAAACAAACCCUACCAAAUUUCUAUUUUAUAAUUUUACAUCAGAGCUAACAACCAGGGAACGGCUUUUUAAAUUUCCCAGGGAAGGAGAUCAUCAGGCUGCAUGUAGGACAAUGCUGCUAAACGGAACAAAACGCCCACUUAUAAUAGUAUUAUACUAAUUUAUUAAGGCUGUCUUGUCUGUGAGUUCACUUUGACGCUGUUUCCUAAGCGUCCUCCACACUGGAGAAAGGGAGGGGGUUUGUUUCAGCAAUAGGCAAAGAGGGACAGUUUGGGGGAGCCCCAACCUAGAGCCUCUUCCCAAAGAAUACCUACGACCCAUCCAGGUUACCACAUCUGCAGAACCAAGGAGUUUUCCAACACCCAGACCUGGAAGCAGUUUCUCUUAGCAUUAAAUGAACCAAAGGAUGUGGCACAUGUGGGGCCAAUUGCAGGAUAACUAACCCGACCUCAGUGAGCUCUUUCACCAGACCUCUGUCACCUUCCCUCCCCUGCUGCAAGCGUGGGGCCAGGGCUGCCGCAAUCACAGCAUCGGAAUCAGAGGAAAGUGACAGUUCCGGGCCAGAGAAACAGGAUAAAGCCAUUCCUCCUCCCACCCAGACUGACUGCCACUCCACCACCACCACAACCAGCAGGGAACCUGCCCUCCUGCCAUUCCUGAGCUUGCAGGACCUGUUGCUGUGGACAGGGUGAGGGAGCUGGCCCACAGCCGCAGAGACCCAGGGCCUCUGCAAAUAAACCACACCUGCCCCAUAGCUGCAUUCGGUUAGGGACCAAGGGGACGCAAGUCCCAGGUUAGGGGAUGUAGAAAGUAUAUGAUCAAGGUGGCAAGAAAACUUCUUUGUUUCUGAUAGGCCUUUUCCGUGACCCUGAAUGUGCUUUGCUGGCACAUGUCAUUUCCACUGUCAUUCUGGCUUUAAGGAGGUGCUGUGAGGUGCGACUGGGCAUUUCCCCAACGAUGCGCUGCUCAGUCUGUGGACAGCAGUCGCGAGUUUCGGAUCUGGGCCACCUUGCAGACUUUCACGUGAGCUCCCACAGGUUAGCAGGAGCAGUGGGAGGAGCAGCCAGCUGCCUGGUUGGGUUCUGCUGCCUGGGGCCUCCCACUGCGGCUCCCUGCUCUCAAAACUUGAAUCCUCGAGCUCCUUGGGGGGGGGGGGGCUUUCCUCCCCCAAAAUCUGCUCACCCAGGCCCUGGCCCUGCUGUCCUUGCCAUUAGCCAUAGCAGUUGACAUCAUCAGGGUCCCUGCUAGAAGGAAAGAUGUCAUUCUGCCUUGGCAUCUGCCUGUGACCUGACCAGGGGCAUGGCCAGCUGGCAUCAAGUGACAUUUUAGAAUUUUAAGACGAGGCCAAAUGAGCGUAGCAGUGGUAAAUCAGAGCAGAAAGUAGCAGGGAUGGCUUCAUGCUCAACUAUUGGCAGCUUCAAGGGGAAUGGGUGUCAGAGGCUGGGUUUCCUUCUGGAAGGUAGCUGGUUGGCCUAGGCCACUGUCCAGCACCAUACCAGUGUCCCCUUCUCCCAUCUGCCCAAAACACUCAUCUCUAUCUGGAGGGUGCUAUGCUUUUCUCCUGAUCCCACUCAGCUGGUUUUGCUCCUUCCAGUGGUCACUUUCAGACCCAGGGCUAUUCUAAGUCCUGAGUGAUUCCUUGAAUGCUGCCCUUCAUGCCCAGCUGCCAUUUGUGCCAAUGCCUGUACCCUGGAUUAGUUGUGAACGGAGGGAUUGGAAAGCAGUGACCCAGAACUGUGGGGAGAUGAGCUGUCCUUCCUCGUGCAAGCCCUGCCACCCCUCAGGGCGGAAGCCAGGCCUGAGCUACCCUCCAGCCCACAUUUCCGUCCAUCCAGAGCCUCAGGAGCACACUCUUGAUCAGUCGGCUCCAUGUGGGCACAUUGUGACAUGCAGCGAGAGCCUCUUAGAGGUGCACUGAUGUAAAGGGACAGGGGAAGCGGGGAGAGACGAAACGGUCGCCCUCUCCCAAAAUAAAGCUCGUACCUGUGAGACUGCAUUAUGCCCUUGAACUCAGGCUGGUAACUGUCUCAUACAGAGGUGUUUGCUAGUUUUCACUGGUGUUUUUCUAAUGCAAUAAACUCGUUUCUGCCUGCUGCA